AUGUUUAGUAUUUUUAAAAAACGGAAACCUAAAGCUGAUAUUGACGAUCCUGGCAUGGUUGACAUUUCUACUAAUAGUACUACUCAUACAAGUGAUACAACUCUUGAUUUGGCCGAUUUGGGAAAUAAAGAUUCCGGCCCAUGUCGUCCUAUACUUACAGAAUAUAAAAAAGGAAAAGGAAAAAUAAAUAAAGAAGCUUUUCCUAACUUGUAUAAGCUACUUCAAAUUGCAAUUACAAUCCCAAUAAGUUCUGCAACUUGUGAACGUAGUUUUUCUAGUAUGAGACGUAUCAAAAAUUGGCUAAGAACAAGUAUGUUGCAGCAGCGCUUUAGUGACUUGUCAAUUUUAAAUAUUGAGAGGGAUUUAUCAAAUAAAAUACAAACGGAAACAGUGUUAGAUAGAUAUAACACAAAAACCAGGAAAAUUGUUUUAAAAUAA